AUGCUUAACGAAAAAGUCAUAGGAGAAUAUGUUUAUUUAGUAUCCGAUGAAUGCAAAGUCGGAGUUGGUUAAUUCAGCCACGUCUACAAAGGAUAUCACGAGAAGACCAAGAAACAAGUGGCAAUCAAGCAGAUUGACAAAAAACAAAUUAAAGGCAUUUUUGAAUAGAUGCUCCGAAACGAAAUCAAUAUCCUUAAACAACUGAAUCAUCAAUACAUCCUAAAAAUGGAUGCUUAUUAUGAAACAACAAACAAUUUCUAUAUCAUCACAGAAUUUUGUGAGACAGGUAACCAACUAAUCAAUAAUCCAUAGACGUUCUCUAAAUCUUAAAAAACCAAGGCUCGUUGCCUGAAGACAAAGUAAUUGCUUAUGUUUUGCAGAUAAGUGAAGCAUUGAAGUACUUAAAUUCAAAAAGUAAACUUUGAUUUCUUAAUUUUAGAAAUCAUUCACAGAGAUAUUAAACCAUCCAACAUCCUAAUCCAUGAAGGGGAAGUGAGACUGGCUGACUUUGGUUUUGCAGUUCAUUAAGACAAAGUCGGAAUUGAAGACAGACAAUUUUAGAUUGGAUCUCCCUUGUAUAUGUCUCCAGAAACGCUAUUAAAAAAUUAAUACAACCACAAAACGGACCUAUGGUCUUUGGGUGUCCUCUAUUUCGAAAUGAUUUUUGGUAUCUCCUUACCUUUUAUUAUUCAAGGCAUUGUUCCUUUCUUCUCGAUUGAGAUGGAUGACCUACUCAGAAAAUUACAACAAUAUCAACAGGAUUAUAUAUUGACAUUCAAAUACCCAAUCUCAGAAGCCUCCACCGAAGCAAUAAGAAAUCUCUUAGCAUACGACCCAUCUCACAGGUGUGAAAUUAGAAAUUUGGAAAUAAUACUCAAAAAAUAUUACAAUAAUAGAGCUGCUGGAGAUGCUAGUAUUCAUUCAUAAAAACGAACUAUUACUCCAGAUAAAAGAAGGAGAGAUUCUCCUAAUUAAAGUCCAGAAAUUAGAAGCAAAGUGCAGCCUGUAAAAAAGGAAUUAGUAAAAGUAAGCUGCUCUGCUAAAUGUUUUGAUAAAAAUUCAACUUAUUUUACAAAAAAUAAAGCUAAUAAAGAGGAUAAUUAGUAACAUUCAAAAAGAGAGGAAAAUCCAGGGACAGACAGAAAAGACAAUGAAGCUAUUCAUCAAAUCUCUGGUAUCAGACUACAUGAAUAAACUUAAUAAAAUGAUAAAGUAACGCAUGAGAAUAUGAAUAAUGAAGAGUUCUUAGCAUUUCUCAUUAAGAAAUUAGAAUCUGUAAAAAGAUAGGAUCCAAGUUAAAAUAUAUAAAUUAACGAGUGCCAAUUAUUGUUAGUAUGAAUUUUUUACAUAUAAGUAUCAAUACUACGGGAAAGAUCAGAAUGUACUCUAAGGGUUGAAAAAUAAGGAAUCAUCUAGUUGA